AUGCCUUCGAGCGUAAUAGCAUUUCCGCCUCCAAAUGACUUGGAAGCAACUUGGAGCUUUCUUGAAAGUGACCAGAUUAUGAACAGGCCUGACAAGAGCUUAGCUAUAAACAAUAUAUGGCUCUCUAUGU